UGUUUACGACCCGAUUGAAUAACCGGACUCGCGUAAAAUGAGCGAGAAACCGAAAACAACUGCGCCUGGCGACGGUAUUCGUUCCAUGCGCUCGACUAACGUUUUUCGUGCGAUCAACUUCGAACUUUACGCUAAACCAAAUGUGGUCGUCAUGGGCAUUGGAUUGGUGUGUCUCAGCAUCACGUUCGGUUACAUCGCUUACAUGCGCUCGAAGUACGAAGGCCUAGGAUACUACACAGCGGUGCAAGAGGACGGCAAAGAGGUGUUUGUGAAACGAAAAUCAAAAUGGGAAUAAACUAAGAUUCAUCGAACGCGGCCCUGCAACUGUUUU